CCAUAUUCUCCCGUCACAAUGGCGACGAAGAAAAUGAACAUUUUGGUAUAUUCGGGUAAUGGAAGUACUACCGAAUCUGUUCGCCACUGUCUCUACACGCUCCGUCGCUUGCUCUCUCCUACCUAUGCAGUUAUCCCUGUCACCGGCGAAAUCAUUAUCAAAGAGCCGUGGAUUUCUUCUUGUGCACUGCUUGUAUUUCCUGGCGGCGCGGACCUUGGCUACUGUCGGACUCUCAAUGGUGAAGGCAACCGCCGCAUCAGUCGCUAUGUCAAUGCUGGAGGCUCUUACUUAGGCUUUUGCGCGGGAGGCUAUUAUGGGAGCCAAAAGUGUGAGUUUGAGAUCGAUGAUCCCGUCAUGAGAGUCGUUGGUGAUAGAGAGUUGGGCUUCUUCCCUGGAAUCUGCAGGGGACUUGCUUUCGAUGGAUUUGUGUACCAUAGCGAAGCUGGAGCCAGAGCCGCGGAUGUGAAGAUCAACAAGAAAUGCUUCGAUAGCGCGAAAGAAGACAUGGCAGAGACUUUCAAGACUUACUACAAUGGGGGCGGGGUGUUCGUAGACGCGAAGAAACUGGAAACACGGGGUGUUCAAGUCUUGGCCGAGUAUACUGAAGAUCUACAUGUUGACCCAGGAGGCUGCAAAGCAGCAAUUAUCUAUCGAAAGAUAGGUGAGGGCCACGCCGUUCUUACAGGGCCUCAUCCUGAGUUCGCUCCUCAAAACCUCACCACAAUACCCAAAAUACCUGCCUACUCCUCUAUCAUUGAUGCUAUUUCCUCCACGGAUGCUAGCCGUGUGGCAUUCAUGCGCCUCGUUCUCGCAAAGCUAGGCUUGAAAGUGAAUGAGGAGGAACAAGCGGUACCGUCUCUCUCCCGUCUUCAUCUCUCGUCUCACUCGCCCACAGACGUCUCCCAACUCAUCGCCUCGUGGAAUGAAAUCAUCUCUGUAGUCGAUGGUGAGGAUUACAUCAAAGGCGUGAACGACGUAUUUCGCGUGGAAAAAGAGGGCAGCGUAUGGGGAAUCCAGGGGUUGAAGAAAGCAGUAGACGCAGUCAGCAGCGCGUUGCCCACAGUAUUCUCGAGCACGACAGAUGAACAAGAUCUUGCUACUUUGAAGGAUGAUCAAAACUCCAAACCCAAGACCGACGAAGACAAGAUCCGGGACAGCAUAGAAUACACCACAACCGCCACGAGCCCCGACCAAAUCCUCGACUACGACAAACUCGUCAAAUCCAUAGUCCCCCAUCCCACCGAACUCCCUUCAACCCGCGAAACGCCAUCCUUCCACCAUGAAGCCUACUACGCCAACCUCAAACACCACCACUCCAAGAGCCAAAACCACGCCCCGAAAUUCGGAACCCAGCUUCUCUACGGCGACGUCGUGACAUCAACUAACACUCUCCUAGAGAAAAACCCUUCGCUGCUCCGCAACCUCCCCACAGGCUUCACUUUCACCGCAACGACGCAAAUCGCCGGCCGAGGACGCGGCACAAACGUCUGGGUAGCGCCCCCAGGAGCUCUCAUGUUCAGUACUGUAGUCCACCACCCCUUCACGCUCACAGAGUCCGCACCAAUUAUCUUCAUCCAAUACAUCGCCGCACUCGCCAUCGUCCGCGGCAUCCAAUCCUACGCCCCCGGGUACGCCGCCCUCCCCGUCAAAUUAAAAUGGCCAAACGAUAUCUACGCCCAACUCCCAGGCUCCCCCGCCAACCCGCUCGUCAAGAUUGGCGGAAUCCUCGUCAACUCGAGCUACAGCGGCGCAGAGUACAACGUCGUUUGCGGCAUCGGCCUCAACCUCGAUAAUCCGCUCCCAACCACCAGCCUCAACAGCUUGCUUCCUAGCCUUUCGUCUUCGUCAGUUGCUACGGAAAGUGAAUCCACGCUCAAGCCGCUUACGCACGAGAAAUUGCUGGCGUCUAUCCUAGCGUGCUUCGAGGAGCUCUACCGCGAUUUCUGCCGGUUAGGGUGGAGCAAAGAAAUGGAGGAGGAGUACUAUGCGUGUUGGUUGCAUAGUGGGCAGAUUGUGGACUUGGAGACGGAUGAGGCGAGUGGGAUGCGUGCGAGGAUCAAGGGAAUUACGCGGGAUUGGGGAUUGCUUCUGGCUGAGGAGUUGGGGUGGCAGGAUCGACCGACGGGCAGGAUGGUGGCGUUGCAGAGUGAUAGUAAUAGUUUUGAUUUCUUUAGGGGGUUGGUUAGGAGGAAGAUUUGA